CACCGCCGCCGCUGCCGCCGCCGAAGCGGAGACCGGAGCCGCGAGCGCCACCAGGGCAGCAACCGCCGCAGCCGCCGCCGCUGGGCAGAGGAGCCAGAGACGCGAGCGGGCGAGGUGGCGGCGGCGGCGGAGCGGGAGCGGGUACCGGGCGCGGGCAGAGCGCGGCGGCGCGGGUGUGUUCGAGAGAACAAGCCUUCAAACAUAUUUGCUAUAUUGACACUGAGCUGUCAGGGGACUCAGGCUUAUGAGGAGGUAUUGUUACACAAAACAGUGUCUAGUGAAGACGACAAGAAAGAGGGGAAAAGAUCGGAAAAAGAAGCUAAAAUACUAUAGAAAACCAUGAGAUCUAUUCGAUCUUUUGCUAAUGAUGAUCGCCAUGUUAUGGUGAAACAUUCAACAAUCUAUCCAUCUCCGGAGGAACUUGAAGCUGUUCAGAAUAUGGUAUCUACUGUUGAAUGUGCUCUUAAACAUGUCUCAGAUUGGUUGGAUGAAACAAAUAAAGGCACAAAAACAGAGGGUGAGACAGAAGCGAAGAAAGAUGAGGCCGGAGAAAACUAUUCCAAGGAUCAAGGUGGUCGGACAUUGUGUGGUGUAAUGAGGAUUGGCCUGGUUGCAAAAGGCUUGCUGAUUAAAGAUGAUAUGGACUUGGAGCUGGUUUUAAUGUGCAAAGACAAACCCACAGAGACCCUGUUAAAUACAGUCAAAGAUAAUCUUCCUAUUCAGAUUCAGAAACUCACAGAAGAGAAGUAUCAAGUGGAACAAUGUGUAAAUGAGGCAUCUAUUAUAAUUCGGAAUACAAAAGAGCCCACACUAACUUUGAAGGUGAUACUUACCUCACCUCUAAUUAGGGACGAAUUGGAGAAGAAGGAUGGAGAAAAUGUUUCGAUGAAAGAUCCUCCGGACUUAUUGGACAGGCAGAAAUGCCUGAACGCCUUGGCGUCUCUUCGACAUGCCAAAUGGUUUCAGGCAAGGGCAAAUGGAUUAAAAUCAUGUGUAAUUGUCCUCCGCAUUCUGCGUGAUUUGUGCAACAGAGUCCCCACAUGGGCACCAUUGAAAGGAUGGCCACUAGAACUUAUAUGUGAAAAGUCUAUAGGUACUUGUAAUAGACCUUUGGGCGCUGGGGAGGCCUUGAGACGAGUAAUGGAGUGUUUGGCAUCUGGAAUACUACUUCCUGGUGGUCCUGGUCUUCAUGAUCCUUGUGAGCGAGACCCAACAGAUGCUCUGAGCUAUAUGACCAUCCAGCAAAAAGAAGAUAUUACCCACAGUGCACAGCACGCACUCAGACUAUCAGCCUUUGGCCAGAUUUACAAAGUGCUGGAGAUGGACCCCCUUCCAUCUAGUAAGCCUUUUCAGAAGUAUUCCUGGUCAGUUACUGAUAAAGAAGGUGCUGGGUCUUCAGCUCUAAAGAGGCCAUUUGAAGAUGGGUUAGGGGAUGAUAAAGACCCCAAUAAGAAGAUGAAACGAAACUUAAGGAAAAUUCUGGAUAGUAAAGCAAUAGACCUUAUGAAUGCAUUAAUGAGGCUAAAUCAGAUCAGGCCUGGGCUUCAGUAUAAACUUUUAUCUCAGUCUGGCCCUGUUCAUGCCCCAGUCUUCACAAUGUCUGUAGAUGUGGAUGGCACAACAUAUGAAGCCUCAGGACCAUCCAAGAAGACAGCAAAACUUCACGUAGCGGUGAAGGUAUUGCAGGCAAUGGGAUAUCCAACAGGCUUUGAUGCAGAUAUUGAAUGUAUGAGUUCCGAUGAAAAAUCAGAUAAUGAAAGUAAAAAUGAAACAGUGUCUUCAAACUCAAGCAAUAAUACUGGAAAUUCUACAACUGAAACCUCCAGUACCUUAGAGGUAAGAACUCAGGGCCCUAUCCUCACAGCAAGUGGCAAAAACCCUGUAAUGGAGCUCAAUGAAAAAAGAAGAGGUCUCAAGUAUGAACUCAUCUCAGAGACUGGUGGAAGCCAUGACAAGCGCUUUGUAAUGGAGGUAGAAGUAGAUGGACAGAAAUUCAGAGGUGCAGGUCCAAAUAAGAAAGUGGCAAAGGCGAGUGCAGCUUUAGCUGCCUUGGAGAAGCUGUUUUCUGGACCCAAUGCGGCAAAUAAUAAGAAAAAGAAGAUUAUCCCUCAGGCAAAGGGUGUUGUGAAUACAACUGUGUCUGCAGCAGUCCAAGCUGUUCGGGGCAGAGGAAGAGGAACUCUAACAAGGGGAGCUUUUGUUGGGGCAACAGCUGCUCCUGGCUACAUAGCUCCAGGCUAUGGAACACCAUAUGGUUACAGCACAGCUGCCCCUGCCUAUGGUUUACCCAAGAGAAUGGUUCUGUUACCCGUUAUGAAAUUUCCAACAUAUCCUGUUCCCCACUACUCAUUCUUUUAGCAAAUGACAGAAGCUAAUUCCUAUUGAACAACAAUACAGUACAAUACAGAAUGUUAGAGAAAAAGCCUUUUUAUCCUGCUUUCUUUGAACACAUACUUGAUCAAAAUUAUUUGUAAAGAACAUCUUUCCUACUUUUUGAUUUUAACAAAUGCAAAUUUAGUUCUCUAAAACUUGAAAAAAAAAAAAAAAAAAGAAACCAGUUCUGUGAAAACGGUACCUCAUUUCUGGAAAAUAACUUAUACCAGCCCUUCUGUUCUAGGGAAAUAAAAGUCUAGCAGUUCAAAGUUUAAGUUUUAAGAGACGUAUCAGAUUAUGUAAAAUUAAAUUUGUGAAGGAUGUAUAGAGUCUCAAACACUGAUCACAAAUAAACUGCUUUGUUGUAACACAGAGUACUGCCUGGUUCCUGAUGCAGUCACUGAUUCUUAGUUGAUUGAUAUGUAUUUGCCCCAGGGCACUUUAAUUUGGGCUGUAGUUAUUUUUUUUUAAUACAAUAGAGACUUUUCAUUUAAACUUUAACUUUGUAAAUAUUGAAGUGUGUAAUAAAGCCAAUAAAAUAUGGGUUUGAAUAUUGUUUUAGCUUAUUAUUUUUGAUAUGUUUUGGUAUCAAAUUACAAGGAAUUGAAAACUAAUAACUUAGCCCUAGAAGCCCAUUCACUUGUAAGCAAACUGCUAAAACAAAGCAAAGGUGAUUGUUAGUUUGAGCCAGUCUACUUACUUUGUAAGCCCUUUGUCCUCCUGUUGUACAAGGGCAUCCCCAUGAUAAAGGUUCCAUUCUGUUAUUCGAGCAUCGCUUAUUAAAAUGAUGGCACUACCCAGAGAUGGGGAAGGAGAAUGUGAUUAUCCUAGUUUAUGAAUUUCCAAGUUUUUAAAAAUAAUAAAUUAAUCAAUCAAUCACCCUCUCUUGUUCUUGUGGCCUUCUUCACUCUGUAAGAUAUUGUGUUCACUCCCUGGCUUUUUUCAUGCAGAUAGAAGAUUAGCGAUUUUGCUGGGAUUCAUUGAAGGGUCUCCUUUCCUCUUCAAUUACAUCAGAAUCUAAAGCAGCAACAGGGUCCCCAUAAAAACUUGCUCUUCGAUUGUCCCAGUUCUUGUUGAGUGCUGCUGUGAAAAGUGACAGGUUUCAGCCAUGGGUCAGCAUUUCUUUUUAAGACACCUGAUGAUGCUGGUGGAAAUGGAUCAGUGGGUAACAUUGUGCUGUUCUGUAAAGGGUGCAGACAUAAGUCCUCCACUUGCAUUCUCACCUUGUUUGGAAAGCCAAUGAUGUUACUAGAAGGUAAAUGGUUUCAUUAAGGUACUCACCCCCAUGAAGGAACAGCAGUGUGGUCCCCUGUCAAUAUUUAUAAGGCACCAUGUCUUAAAAAUGUCUGUUUUUAGUAUGAAUUAGCUUUCGUUUUCCCUGUUAAAUUCUGCUUUUGGGAACUUGACAGGGCCCAUCCAUGAGAAUGGGCUUCACAAAACAUGGCAAAUUUAUAUACCAAAUUUCUCUGGGGCCACUAAAUAAAGGUGAAACGGGCAAUGUACAACAAAUGUUAGUGUCACUGCUCAGAUAUAUAUUACACAAUGAUUAGUUUGUUUCUUCUCCUUGGUCUUUUGUCUUUAUUGGUGGUGGGUGAUACUUUAAUAAAACCUCAUCACUUGCUGGAAAUAGCUGUAACUUAUCAUUCUCAUCCUGUGCAUUAGUGGCUAGACAUAAACAAGAGGGCCCAUUUCAGCUGGGAGUUUUCAUGUUUCAUUGAUGCAUUUUGCUGACCUAUGGAUGAAACAGAGCCAUCACUGAGAAGAAAAAGCAUGGCUGAUAGUGUCCAGUUUUUAUUAAUUAAAUCUUUACAGUAGUCCUCAUUGUCUUUGGAAUACUAUUAAUUGGCAGCUACAGCUGUAUUGUUAUUUGAAAUUGGUCAUCAAAUUUGGAUUCCACGUUGGAAUCUCUCUAGAGAUUUCUCGUUAGAAAAUUCUUUUGAAGUAGCUGACUCUGCUUCAUAACUCACGCCCUCUGUAAUGGUGAAAAGGGAGCUGUGCUGUUUUCCAACAUGAUGGCAGUCAUUUCAAAUGGUUUCUACCAAGUCUUUUUUUUUUCUUUUUUUAAUUUUGUUGUUUGUUGGAAGUUACUAACCAUGUUGUAAACCUGCCCAGUUGCUGCGAACUUUUACAUUUCUCUGCUUUACUUAAAAUAAUCGAGCUGUCAGUCCUUUGUUAGAAGUGAUAACCAUGCAAGUUCAACUGUUUAAAUUCUGUAAUGAAUUAAGCGUCCCCCCUCCCCACCUGUUGCCCUUCCCACCCUUCCAUUUUGUAAUGAAAAUUCCACUUACAGCUGAAAGAGCAGAGAAAUAUAAAUGAAGCUCUUGGCUUCACCAAAUUGCCUGAAAUUAACAUAAAGUUUUGCUUCUCUGCUCUUUUCUCCACUGUAGGUGGUUUUUUCAUUGACAGCCCCUAUUGCCAGCCUCUGAGCGUCGCACCAUUUAUUAUUCACUUGGGCCCUCAAGAUUUCUUCUCUGACUUCUAGAACCAUCAGGUUGUCUGGCUUGAAAUGGCAAUUUCUAUGUCUUGGUCUUAAGAGCAAUGUGACACCCUGAGGCUAUCCAGCUUUCAGACACCACUCUGACACCUUCUUUUUGAAAGCAAUGACUGAUCAUUUUAAAGAAGAGCAAUACUCUGUUCAAAGCCACGGUGUCUGUUUUAAAACUUUUCCUUUGGAACCCUAGCAAUAUCUGUACUUAACCCCUUUUUAGCAUAGUUUCUUGUCAGGGAGUUUAUAGAUGAGUGUAGAGCUUAAAAUUCGCGUGUGAGCUGUGCUAUGUUUUCACAGUUUUUACACUUUUUAGCAUAUAAAUAGUUACAUUCCUGACUGCGUCAGUUAGUGUUGUUAUAAUUUCUCAGAAACAGGGGUCCUCCUUGAAGCCAUAUCCUCUGCAUGGGGACUGGCCCCAUGACUAGCCAGGGAUGUGGCUUGCAGCUUGUGUUUCCUCAGGCUGCAGGAGUACCCCAUCUCUUGUGCAAGGUAAUUGGUCCAGUAGAUUUCCAACAUACCUCAUGCUGACUAGAUGAAGUGCAUGGGUGGUGAAGUAAGGAGUUGAGUUUACAUAGUUCUGAAGUCGUUUGUAGUCUCUCUCAAAUUGUUAGCCUGGGGAACCAACCAGUGAGAGAUUUUGCUGGUAUUUGCCUUUUCUUUUUUUUUUUUUUAAAUUUUGGGUGAAUGUUUGAAAAUCAUGAAUCAGCCACCGUUAUUAAUUGAAGAGCUAGGAAUACCUCGUUAAUGUAUUUUUAAAACUGGUGUUGGACCCUCUGUGUAUUUCAGGUUAAUACUUUUAAGCAGUUUUCAGCACGUUUAUCUCACUUUAUUCUCGUUCUCCUCGGACCUUCGUAGCCAUAUCACUUGUAUAAAAUAGGCUGAGAUAUAGUGACUGUAAGCUGUGAUCUCAGUAUACAAAGAACCAACUUCAGCAAGACUCGGGGUGGUGAAUAUCGAGUCUGCGGAGACUGAAUAGACUUAAAGCAAUCCAUCUGUCUUUUCCAAGUUAGGUAGCUAGAUUAUUUAUUUCCCAUCUUACUCAACCAUCAUGGAGUUCAUGUGAAGAUGUGAGGGUUAGGCAGAUAUUUUAAUAAAGAUUUGCUUCAUUUAGGUGUGUCCCAUAAAUGCAUUUAAUUGUGUUAGAUGUUCUGUGCUAAGGCUGUAUUUGAUAUAUGUAGAUUAAAAUGAAUUUCAUGUUUCAUAUUUGUUUCUAAGUAGCAGUUUCUUUUGAUUACUCACUUUAAAGUUGCUGGAACAACUCUUGUUUUUUCCACGCAGAAUCUGUAUGUACAUUUAAUGUGGCUUUGGCAUCUAUAAAAGGUUGUACGAGGUAUAGCUGACUAGUACUGAGUGCGAUCCAGUCGUGCUGAAACAGCCCAUUGCCUAUUAGGUGCCAGGUCCUCUUCUGGGUACAAGUGAACAGAGGCUGUGACCAGUGGAAGCAUUUUAAUUCUGACAGUCUCCUUGUUGUUGGAAUUGGGCCUAUUACAAAUAACUUGCUUUGGGAACCAGAUACCUUGUUAACUGUGGCAAAAAAGAAUAUUAGCCCAGUCAUUAGUUUAAUUGUAAACUAUUUAAUAAUGUAGGCCCUCUGACAUCACUAAAAUAGGUGUCACUUGGAAAUUCACUCGUUUAAAAUAUUUCCCUGGCAGUUUUGAGAGCCUGAAACCUACUCUGGUUUACGUUCAUGGACCUCGGUCCAAUAAGUGAAUGUAAUGAAAUGAAUAACAAAUACUCCAGUCCUUUCCAGGUAGUUUUUAUAGUAGAGCAAAGGACAAAGUGGUUAAUUUAAACACUGAGCACAUUUUUUUUUAAAUGACAAAUGAGAAAGUUUCACCCUUAUAAUCAAUCAUUCACCAUAAUUUCCCUGUUUCCUAGAUGUCAUUAAUAACUGGAGGAAAAUCUUCAGUAGUGAGUUAGGGGAAAGAACUAAGGCGAUCCCCCCGCCUUCCCCGCCCCCACCCCAGGAAUUAGAUUUCAAGCAAUGCAGAGCCCUAUACACCAGGGUCAUUAAGAGCAGUUAAAGCUGAAAACAGCGUGCUCUGUGCAUGGUCUUCCCCUAAUUCCCAUUCAUCUUAUGCCAGUGCCUCCUGAGAGACGGUGGGGCUAGCUCUGAAUCUCUGAAUGAGAAAGGUUCUGUGUAUUCAAACUCAUACUCUGUACAGUCUGACGCCAUACUGUCCAGUGAACACAGAUUCCUCAGUGUUAUUAGGAGUCCUGGAAAGGAGACGGGUGGUAAAUAGAUAACAACAGCAGAGCCAAGAAACUACUGCUGAGGUAGGUUUCAAUAUUGAUGUGUUUCGCUCUAGCCCUUAUUUACAGAGCACAGAGCUGGUACUUAUAUAAGAAUGAGUCCCUUCCUUCCUUAAUAGCCUCUUCCCGAAAGACUGUUUUAAGUCAAUAAUUCCAGUUGAGUUGGUUGUAAGAAUAGAUAUCCUUUCCCACAUUAUCAUUUUAGGUAGAAACUAACAGAUUCCAUUGAUGCUUUGAAGCAGCAAUCUUCGGAGGUUUUUAAAAAUAGUACCAUAAUGCAAAUUAGGUUAUGUAAGCUUUACAGCACAGCUAGAAAUAGAGACCAGAAACCAUGUGGGAAUCUGGGCCAAAGAAUUUCUCUCCUUCCAGAACAUUCCCAUGGGGCUCAGGAAUUAGAUGAGUUAAUACACAUAAUAUGUUUUGAACAGUACCUGGUGCAUAGUACGUACUCAAUAAUAUGUUGAGUGUUGUUACCAUGGUUGGCCGAGGUGAGGAUGAAUGUGAGGGGGCCGAGGCUGUGCCAAUAGGUGUUGGAGAGGCAGGUGCAUGGCCUGCUCAGGGUGGAGCUGUGUCGGUUCAUUGGUGCUGAUAGGCUUCACUGCCAGGCUUUGGGAGAGGACUCCUGGUAUCUAGGGGUUAGACAAGAAACACACCCCAGGGACCUGGUGAGAGCUAGUGUGGUGGCGUUGCUGUAGAUCCAAGCUUAAGGAAUUUGCUCAUGUGUCUGUUACAGUAGUUAAAUUACCAGCCAGUCUGCUGCCAAAUACUUGGUUUUUUUUUUGGGGGGGGGGUGGUAUUUAAGGGUGCUUAGAACUUCAUAAGGGCUGAUCUUAGAAUGUCUACCUGCUGAGUCCAAGCGUCCAACCAGUGCAUUAAUAAUUUUUAAAAAAGGUAUUUGGUUAUAGCUGCCUCCAGAAUCUAACCUUCAGGGCUUACCCGUGUUUAGUAGGUAGAAAGCAAGUUCCUUUACAGCACAGAAAGGAAAGGAGGAAACUGGUGUGCUUAAAAGGCUGUCGACUAGGAUGCUUCUCUGAAAAGCACUCCUAUAGCCUGUCUCUUCUAGUUUGCUUUGAUAUUUCUGGGGGAAAAAAUCUGUACUCAUCACCAUAUGAGGCCUCCCUUCUGCCUAUUAGUCUUAGAGAAAACAUAUCUGCCCAUCUAUUCAUCUUUCUUUUUGUCUAUCCAUUUACUUAUCCAUUUAUCUGGACACAGUUGGGAAGUUUCUUUUUGAUAAAAGGAAAAUGGGUACAUGAUGAAAUUGGUGCUUUUGGAUUAAACAGAGGGUGCACACCAUCUUAUCUUCCAUUCCUUUGUGUGUCUACAAAGAUUUCGGGGGCCUCUGCAGAAAGGUGGUCAGAUGCAUCCUUGGCUGUUGGUAAGAGGUGAGCUAAGUGGGAAACAUAGACUGGAGCCCUCAGAUGCUCCAAGUUUAUAAAAACUGUAUAGACAAGGACUGUUACCUUUAAGGAGGCAAAUAAGAUUUACCUCGUAGUCAAGAGGUUUUUCUUAAAUCUAAGAAAUACUUGUUUAGCUAGUGUCUUGGCAAAAGUCAGUGCAUUCCCCCCAGGGGAGGCUGUUUGGUGGAGUCUUUGCCUUGGUCAGCCAGCAUUGAGGGAGGACGACUUUUUUUGCCUUGACUGAUCAGUCGUUAACAUUCUAAUUAAUUACUCCUUCUGAGGAGGGUCUUGGUCUCUCUUGGCAGAACUUUGCCAUUUCUGCAAAUGAACUGUACCAUCCUGCUGGUGGGCAGGGUGAAGAUAGCCACCAUUUGCCCAAGUAGUUUCACACUGGACUAAAGUUCUCUGCAUUCAGGUGUCGGCUAAAUGCCCCAAGUAAUGAGGUGAACAGUAGCCCUCAGUUUAGGUCAUUUGGGGCAGCAGUAGAUUGAAGAAGUAGGAAGGGAAGGGGAAGGAAAGAUGCCACCAUUUGUAUCUUGUGUGCCAGGCAUUUGGACAUUCUUCUGGAUUCUCCAACUGCCUUCUUGGAAGUAGUAGUAUCCCUGGUUUACAUAAGAAACUGAUGCUCCGAGUUAAGUGCUAGAACCAUUAAUGGAACCUAGCUCUGUUCUAAAGCUUUUUCUGUUCCAUCUGCUGUGGAUUAUAAGGCUGGGGUUGACAGGACGGGCUCUCCUGGAAGCUAGGCCCUCUGACUUGAGGUGCCUCCAGAUCAGAUAAACUGGCCUAAAAUAGGGCUCUUUUCAUUUAAAUUGGUUGUGAAGAACGAUCUUAACAUACUGGAAGGACAGACUGAACGGCUGCAUUGCAUCUAUAUCAACAGAGGAAGCAUUUUUAUCUCAAGCUUGGUUUUCUCUGAAUUUCAGUGAAAUUUGAGGUAUGUGUUUUCACUUCGCUUAUAUUUUCUGAGUGCAUGUUCUCUGCCUGGCCUGAGAUAGGUCAUGAGGAUGUCUUCAACAAUUGAAGCCAGACUCUGAAGGCAGGCUGGUGAGGCUUUGACUCAUUGGGUACAAGGAAGAGGAGCACAGAGGGGCAGCAGCCCAGGUCUGGGGUACAAGUGCAAGGGGGUGUCCCUGGACAAGUACUCAGCAGAGAUGGGUGGUGACAGACUGCAGAGGUCAGUGGUCACUGCCAGGAGUUUUCCUUGAGUAAGCCUCAGGGCAGACUGCCAGCCUGGAGUUUGCUGUCUUUCCUCUAAGUUGGACCCGUGUAUGGUAAGCCCUGCUUGGGAUGGCUUUGGGGUCUCUAAAUUGCUGCCUGUGAACCACCCUGUUGAACGUGUCGGAUUCUUCUGCUGCUGUAAACCACUUUACCAGCUCCUUGGCUAAUGAAUGACAGCUGGGUCUCUGCUUAGGCAUGGGUGGGUGCAGGGAUGGCUGUGGGAGCCUUCUCAGGGAAAGGUAUUCCUCAUCCACCCCAAGUCAUCAUCUUUCUUGGCACUUGGCAAUGUUUCUGUGCACCCUGCUGUAAUCCUGGAGGGGAACAGGAAAAAGGAACCUUUGAAACCCAGGUUGUCGUGUUCUAGAUCAUGACUGUGUCAGGGAGAAUGAGCACCUGGCAUUCGUAGAACACAGUCCUCUCUGAAGCCCUUUCCCACUUGUCAUCUCAUGGCUUGCUGCACUGGUAGCCCUUGGAGAAGUGCAGUGCAUAGAUUGUCGUUCCCACCCUGCAGACAGGGAGAGCGGAGCCCAGAGAUCUCUCCAAACCACCCUGCUCGUCUGUGCGAAAACAUUGUGGCUCCUAACUAGUUUUUAACCACCAGAAGAAUAACAUUUCUUAGACUGUUUUUAGAGUGAACAGCAGCCCUUUCUGAGGAAUUAGUUUUGAAUUUCACCACAACUGGAAUUAGAAAAUUUCUCCUUUUACAGAUGAGGAAAUGGAUGCUUAGAUAAGGUGACCUGCCCCAAAUUAUAGUGCGGUGACUGGCGGCGCUCACCCAGUCUGAGGCUAUGCUCUGAGCAGGUGGUUUGCGUCGCUAGCGCGGACCAACGUCUGUUCUGUCUCCCAAGCCCACUUGGCAGCAGUGGCUUCUCUGUGAUGUGUUCUGCUCACCUUUCCUCUAGGCUUCUGGGCUAUCCCCUGUGCGCCUUGAAACCAAGCAAAAACCAACCCACGUCUCCCUGAUCCUUCCUCAGGCCCCUAAAAUCCAGACUUCCUGGCUCUUUAUGUUUCUGGUUCCUUUGUUAGUGUGCUACUGGACAAGGUGACCAAAUGGUCAGCUCUGGGCCUAGCAGCCUGGGUUUUUUUGUUGUUGUUGUUGUUUUUUGCCAGCUACACAGUUGGGGUCAGUUUCUACAGAUCAUCAUUUCAUGCUGUAACUGAACCCUAUAAUAAAGUGCAAAUUCAUUAAUGGCCACUUGGAGAGCUCCUCAGGGGUGGGAAGGAGGACAGGGGAUGUACUGUUGGAAGUAUGUUAUGUUCAGCUCAUCUACAUUUUGGUUUUUGGCCACAUCCUCCGUUCCUGGCUCGGCCUUCAAACAUGUACUCGAACCCAUGGGAUCACGGUCACAGUAACACAUUUUCCAGAGCAAUCUGGUGUUGGGAUCCCCUUGGAUUCUUUUGUCAUGAGACUUCUCGGAAGUCUCCGCUUUCUAAAAUCCCUCGUUCCUGCAGAGGCUAUGUUAAAGGAAUAUGGUAGGCAUCAUCUGGGAGGUAAAAGACCUAUGGAAAUUGGCACCUGGGGAACUCAGGAAAGCUGAAAGCACCUUGAAAUGAGAUGGAAGGACCAGGUUAAGGCUGGUGAAGAGGAGACUGGAGAGAACGUGGGCACUCCCGCCACGUAUUUUUAAGGGAUUAUAUUUAUUUAUUGUAUGUAGUUCCAAAGCAUAAAAAACAAUUAUGGGAAGCCAGUGGGGCAGUUUGAGCUAAAAUACACCUCCCGCGAUGACAGACGCGGCCUUGAGAGAGCAGCUGAGGUGCGACAUGAGCUCCCUGUAAUCGGCAUGUUCCAGCAAGAAGCCGGUUGUGUGGAUGGCAAAGAGGAAAUUCUGUGGAAUGUCAGUUUGGACGAACUCUGAUGUGAUUGGUGAUGCUGCCAAGACUGUGUCUCCCUUCUUGGGCACGUAGAUUUAUUGAGAGAAAACAUUCACCGUCACCUACUGCUUCUUACCAGGCUUUGUGUUGGGGCAGAAGGAGCAGUUGGAGAAAAUGUCAGAAUUUGCAGCUUAGACAACUGAGUAGAAGGUGAAAUCAUUGACCCAGAUGGAGAGUACAGGGAGGGGAAGAAAGAGGCUCAGGGGAUUUGAACAGAAUGAGAGUCAUCCUCUUCUGUGCAGGCAGAAAGGCUUCAGCGGGUCUCCCCCUCCCGGCUAGGGCUCCUCCUUGUCGGCCCUGGGCUGGGGGCUGGCAGACCCAUUCCCAGGUCUCCCGCCGAGGGCAGCAGAGGAGCCAGGCCUCAGGAGAGAAGUGCUUACUGAGUAAUUUAGCAAGAUCUAGAGGCUUCCCACUGAGACAGACAGGGGAUCCCCAGGAGGGGAGUCAGAGGCAGGCCUGGCAUGCACAGAGUGUGCCCACUUGGAGAGCGUGAACGGCCUUGCCAUCGGACCUGAGAUGGUUAAGAGUGACGUGGCAGGUGGAACACAGUUUGCAGUCACUUCUUGAACGGCCCUGGAUGGUGUGUCCUUCAGUGAUGACUGUCGUCCAUGAUGGUAAGUUCCAGAGGGUUGAUUGGGACAGUUGGAUAGCCAAGGACCAGAGUCAGGAAGGAGGACUGAUGAGCAAGAGGCUGUUGCCAUCGGCCAGGUGAGGCAUGAGGGAGGCUGAUGGAAUGCAGCAGCAGAGGGAUGGAGAAGCAGGAAUGACAUCUCCUCACAGGCCAGGCUCCUCUGCCGGACUGGGUAGGGAUGGGAAGAUGAUGGCCCCCAGCCCUGGGCCAAGGAACAACAGCACCCAUCCAGGGAGGGGGACCUGCUGGAGAACUUCUGGACCACUGCUCAGUGGGCAAUAGAGAGAACAGUGGUGUCUCUGACCAGGAUGGGGGAAGGCAGGGGAGUGGAGGAAGAUACUGACAGGGUACAGAGGAGGUCGAAUGGAGCAAGGGCCAUCUCCACUGGGCUAGGAAAUGGGGCUUUGCUGGGCCACACUCCAUUGUGCUGGAGCGCUCCAGCCUCUCCACUGGCAGUGGGUGGGGAGGGGCUUGUGAUCUAUCAGCAUCUUCACCCUUUCCAAGUUUCUGCUGGGCUGGGCUUUCCAGCCAGGAGUCACAGGUACCAGGUGGUCGUUCAUACUGAGGCCUUUUGCUUGGCAAAAAGUUAAUCCAGUUUUGUUCAUUUUUAACCUAAGCAAAGGUUGGAGGUUGUUGGAUUCAGCAUCUGUGGAACACAGUCUGUGUAGCCCAUGAGAAGGUGUGGAUAUUCUUUCCCAAGUUCUUGAAGGACGGAAAGGACUAUGAACUUGUGACCAGAGGAUUGGUUUUUGGUGUCAGAUUUCUGUCUGUCCCAGUGCUGCCACUUUCGCUUCGAAAUGGACAGGGAGAGCUGAAGGCCAGCGUGAGUUUCUGCACCUGUUUCCUACAGCUCUGCUGGGGACUGCAGCUCAGGUGGCAGCUGUGGACAUGGAUCCAGUCAGCCUUUGGGUGGCCAGAGCUCCAGGGCCAGGUGUCUCUUAGCUGCAAGCAGCCUUCACUGUUAAUCAGCAGGCUACACAAAUCUCACCUCUAAAGAGGUGAAAUGUGAAAAUAUAUGGGAAGCACCGCCUUAGACCUGUGUCCACAAAUCUUUUCUGUAAAGGGCCAGAUAGUGAGCAUUUCAGGCUUUAUGGACCAUGUGGUGUCUGCUACAGCUGCUCAGCCCUGCCACUGUAGCACAAAAGCAGCCAGAGACAGUACGUAAAUAGAUAGCAUGGCUGUGUUCUGAUAAAGCUUCAUUUACAAAUACACAGGGCCGUAGUUUGCCAAGCCCUGCAAAGUAGGGAGUAUUUUGCCAAAGUUGGCUGUAUUUUGCCAACCCCUUAGACUAUAGAGAUGACUUACCCUUUGGCUUAAUCUUGACUGGAAACUUCCUUCCCAUCUGCUGCCUGGACCCAUCCACCUCUUCACAAAGGCUUCCUCAAUGCACAGGACGGUGUAGUUCCUGCCCAUAUGGAACUUAGGUUUUGAGUGACAUCAUACAGAACAGGGCUUAGAGAAGUCCCGGGUGGUAGGGUCUCAAAGAGAAGGGCUGAGGGGGAAUCAGGAAAGCUCUGAAGGCGGGCAGCUCUGGAGUUGGGCUCAGAUGAGGAGGAGGCUGCAGUUCUCCAGGAAGGGAAACAGGACCAGAUGACGGAUGAGAUUGUGUUGAACAAUGAGGACUUCUGCAUAGUCACACAGGCUCAUGGGGUCCGCUCAUAAAGGACCAGGAGGGCCAGGCUCAGGAGCGUGGACUGGAUUCUCUGGGCAGUAGGGAGCCAUUGGACAGUUGUGCUCAGGAGGGUAAUGUGAUCACAAAUGCUUAUUAGAAAUGUCACUGGCUAUGGAGGACCGUGUCUGUGGUUCUAAGUUACACCUUUCAGUUUAGUCUGGACUUUUUGGUCAAGGUGCUUUUGGUGUUAGAGUGGGGAAGAGAGGCCCAGAGAGUUGGACAGAUGUUCUGACCACUGGCUUGUAGUCAGUGAGCGCCCCACCUUUAUUUUGACAUGACAGAGCUCGACAGAAUCUUCCUUCUUCAGGCUUUUUCUUUUCCUGCUAUCCUAAAGAUCAUGUACAAGGGCAGGAUAAAUGAAACAUUCUGUCUCCAAUCUGAGGUUGGCUUGGGGCCUCAGAAUAUGAAGGUAAAGAGGCGGGGACGGGCUGCCCCUUGCUUCAGAAUCCAGUCACAUGGCGGCAGUGCUCUAUGGAGCAGAUUGCUUCCUUUGUACAUGCCCUGGGCCUGUGGCCAGCAGGCCUCAGGGAAGAGGAGAUGCUGACCUCUCGUCUCCAGAGGCUGCCAGCUACUAAGGGAGGUUAAACCGACUACCCUUGGGGGUGGACUGCUCUGGGCAGGGCCUGAUGCCAGGCACAGGGGACUGAGGUGAAUCAGACAUGGUGGUCGCAUUGAGGAAUGCCCAGUGUAGUUGGGGUGAGGAACAAACCCACGGGUGUUUGUGGCGCUUUCUGCUGAGCGUGGUCUUUCCUCUCAGAGGGGUUUCUAGGCAUGUUGAAGGGAGCUCCCAUUCAGCGCAUCGGAGAGGUGCCAGGGACGUGAGCUGCUGCCAGUUUGACAUGAACAGAAGCUGGGAGUAGCUACUGCUGCUGUGCAUUGACAGGAGCACAGUGUCCGCUGUGAAGGGGCGGGUAAGGCUGGAGAAGGAUGGCCUAAGACAAGUGCCUCCACAGAUGCUGAUUCAGUGAAGCCCCAUCAGCCCUGUGGGGGAGAUGAGGAUCACAUGCAGCUCGGAGAAGGCAAGGCACUUGCCCCCCUGCCUGAGCUGGGAGGUGGUGGCCAGUUCCGCACGGCACUGUCCCAUGAUACUGGCGAGGCGGGACCAGCUAUGGGCUAGCAGUGCUGCACCAUGACCCCCUUCCACAGGGCCCAGCCUUGUUUCUGGCCCUCCAGGACUGAGUCAGGAGGUGAAGCCUGUGGUGCUGUCCCAGCGCAGUCGGGCCAGGCUUGGGGAAAGGCAGGAGGGAGAUGUGCUGUGCUCUGAGCAGCCUGGCAGGCCCUGGAGAGGCAGGAAGCCACUGUAUACUUCAGGAACUGGGUGCUGCUUACUCUCAGUGAAGUUGUGUUUUGCUAAUCUCUUGAGAAUCAGGUGAGGGAUACAGAAGGAAGAGUUGCACCUGGGUGGCUGCUGUCUUUCGACUUGUCGGGCUCCCUCUGGUACAGAAGUGCCUCUAGGAUUUUGCUGCCUGUUCUCUUCUCUUAUGGACAUGGAGUGGCUCUCGGGUUCUUAUGGUAGGUGUGGAACUUCUCAGCUCUGAGGAGGAGCACUUGCUGCAUUUUCUAGAGAAGUUUCUGGGUUCAUGGAAGGGAAACUGACAAACUGGAGCCUGGCACAGAUGGACAUUGGGUAAAGAGAACGCAGCCCAUCCCUGGCUGCAGUGCCAGGCGUGGCCUUUCAUGUGGCAGCAAGUCACUUGCUGUGUCUCCAGCUUCAUAGGAAGGCUCUUGUCUGUCAGGCAGUGGAGUUCCAGACAAGAGCCUUGCUCAGGCCAGCCCUGCCCCUGCCUCUGCCUGCAGGCACAGGCGCUUUGCCAUCUGCCCUGUUUUCCUGCUUAGGGAAACAUGAUGGUCAGAACAUUUCUUGACUCUAACCAAAAUAUUUCUGCUGCUUUUGCAAGUCAGAUUCUUUUUCUUUUCAUUGUUCAUGGAAAUGGAUCAAGAACAGGAGUUUUAGCGAGAGAGGUGGUGAGAAGUUCCUUCUCCACCUGUAAUUUGCUAAUUGUGUUUUAGGUUUCCAGCCUUUCCUCUGUUCUGGGUAUCUCGUGCUCUCCACCCUUGAGGGAUUUUGGUGUGGUGGGUCAGUGGCAAGACACUCGAUCCAGACACACACAUUUCCAAGGCACUUUCAUGUCACUUACCAAGCCUCCUUGUGUGCAGGUAUCAAUUCACUGGCUCCCUUAGGCUGCAGCCCUGACCCCCAAGGUAGUGAUGGCAGCCGGUGCACGAGGUAUGAUUUGGAAGUAACCAGGCAAGCCCUGGUUGCAAAAAAUACCUCUUCUGUCCCAACAGUAGGCCAGAGGUGCUGCCAUUAGACGCCUCUCUCUACCGACCCCCGAUCACUUUUCAUGCUCAGGCCAGCCUUGCACAAUCAGGUUCCGUUCAUUCUGCACCCCCAUUUCUUAGGUGGGGUACUGAGCACUGCUUUUCCUUUAGCUCAAUCAAUAUGGCAGCUUCUCAGGGAUGGAACCUACCAUGGCUGUAGGAGAUGCUUCGCUACUUCUUACUACCUUUCCUAGGGAGGGCAGCUCAUUUUUAGAAAUGCUGCUGGGGAGCCAAAUUGUAGGCAUCCAACCAGAGGGCCUCGCUCUCUGUCUCCCAGGAAUCAAGGGUAGCUCUGGCUCUCUGAGGAGCUGUCUCCAGCCUCCAGGUGGACGUCCUUUCCAGCAUACCAGGGCUUAUGGAGGCAAAAUGAAAGCUGGUCCACGUGGGAACUCCCUGCUGUUGUCCUUUCCUUGGGCAGACAUCAUCUACUUUUGAGCCCCUAGCAGUUUCAUCCUGUUUUCCCCAAAGCAUCCUUGGACUCGGGCCUUUCAUCCUGGACCCAUCUGUCUGGCCUGUUGUGCUGAACCUUUGGUUUAAGUGGUUGGUUGGUCCCAGCCACUUCUUCAAAAGAAGGUUUCCUAAGGUAAUCAUCAGGGCAAUUGUACUUCCAGGAACAGUGAGGCUGAUGGGCCUGUUCCCAAGGGUGCUUUGGCAGGGGGUGCCAGGGAAGGGGCUGGCCUAGGGCCAGGUUCAUUAUACCGUUAGCCCUACAGCCCCAUGCCUUUGUGUCCUGGUUUACCCGCCGUGUAGUGGUCCUGCAGGAGUGGAGCCUGUAGGACUUGCUUCUCACCCACUCCAAGCAGAACUGUCGGGGAAGGAGGUGGGAGGUGCAGCCAGUCUAGACCUGAAGCUCUCACACUAAGGAGUAAGGUAGGCCUGCUCAGCCUUAGCCCUCGUCACCUCCAAGGGUGGGGUACGCAGGAGGAGGCUGAGCGUAGUCGUGGAUAGAAACCUUUCCCUACUGCACGGUCACACACAUGGCAUUGGACUCCUGGCUGUGUAGCUCACUCGGGUCUACUGAAGACCAAGUUAGUUUUUAGAAAUCUAUUUAAAGUAUCUAUCAUGUAUCUAUUGACUGUGUUUUUCUGAAUACGCAAGUGUAAAUAGUAUAAUUUGCAGUGCAAAGUCCUUGGCAAUAAAUUUGUGUAUUAUGUUUAAAAACACUGGAAACCACGACCACCAUGGACUGCCCUUCCCCUCUGAGGCAAUUAUUACAUGUAGGACUCUGAACUUUAAACCUUCAGCGUGACUGAAGCAGCAGCCUGCACAUGUGGACGGUCAUCAGUGCCUCGCCCAGAGAUGCCUGGCCUUCAUUCAGAGGGACCCUGCUGCCACAAGUCCUCCAGGCAGCACCCACACUGUGGCUCCUUCGCGCUGAAUAUGUUGGACUCUGCCAUCAGACUGACCCUCUGUCUGGCUGCUGCAGUUUGUCUGUAAUGCCCUGCCAUGUUGCAUUUUCCCCAUUUGGAUAAAUAAAAACAAAUGCUUCUGUCACACACA